AUGAGCGAUCUAACUAACUAUAAACGUCUGGAGAAGGUUGGAGAAGGUACUUAUGGUGUUGUCUACAAAGCUGUCGAUCUUCGCCAUGGACAACGGAUUGUGGCACUAAAGAAGAUCCGCCUUGAGAGUGAAGAUGAGGGCGUCCCCAGUACCGCAAUUCGUGAGAUUUCACUUUUAAAGGAGCUUAAGGAUGAUAAUAUUGUUAGACUUUACGAUAUUGUUCAUUCAGAUGCACAUAAGCUUUAUCUAGUGUUUGAAUUUUUGGAUUUGGAUCUCAAAAGGUAUAUGGAGUCUAUCCCAAAAGACCAGCCAUUGGGUGAUAAGAUUAUCAAAAAAUUUAUGAUGCAACUUUGUAAGGGUAUAGCCUACUGUCACUCUCAUCGAAUCAUCCACCGUGAUCUAAAGCCACAGAACUUGCUGAUUAACCGUAAUGGUAAUUUGAAGUUGGGUGACUUUGGUUUAGCACGAGCAUUUGGAGUCCCAUUACGUGCUUAUACCCACGAAAUUGUUACUCUUUGGUACCGUGCACCAGAAGUUCUCUUGGGUGGCAAGCAGUACUCUACUGGUGUCGACGUGUGGUCCAUUGGAUGCAUUUUCGCCGAGAUGUGUAACCGCAAGCCUCUAUUCAGUGGUGACAGUGAGAUCGAUCAAAUCUUCAAGAUAUUUAGGGUUCUCGGAACUCCAAACGAAAGUGUGUGGCCAGAUAUUGUCUAUCUUCCAGAUUUUAAAGCAUCGUUUCCUAAAUGGCAGCGUAAGGACCUUGCAAGUGUUGUUCCAUCGCUAAACCAUCGCGGUAUCGACCUGCUCGACAAGUUAAUUACUUACGAUCCAAUACACCGUAUAAGUGCAAAAUGGGCAGUAGCUCAUCCGUACUUUAAGGAAGAAUGA